AUGGAUUCCCCUCCCCUGAUGAAGAAUACAAACAAUGUGACUGAAUUUGUCCUCUUUGGCCUCACCCAAAACGAAGAGAUGCAGAAAAUAUGUUUUGUGCUCUUCCUGUUCUUCUAUUUGAUCAUUGUGCUGGGAAACCUUCUCAUUGUUGCCACUGUGCUCUUCAGCUCCCGCUUGAACUCUCCCAUGUAUUUCUUCCUCAGCUACUUAUCUUUUGUAGACAUCUGCUACUCCUCUGUUACAGCCCCCAAAAUGAUCACAGACUUCCUGGUUGAAAAGAAAACCAUUUCGUUCAUUGGCUGCAUAGCACAGCUCUUUGGGGUCCACUUCUUUGGCUGCACGGAGAUCUUCAUCCUCACAGUGAUGGCGUAUGACCGGUACAUUGCGAUUUGUAAACCGCUGCGCUAUACCACCGUUAUGACCAAGCGGGUUUGUGGGCAGAUGGUGGCAGCCUCAUGGCUUGGAGGGCUUGUACAUUCACUAGUGCAGACUCUGAUCACCACCCAGCUUCCCUUCUGUGGGCCCAAUGAAAUUGACCAUUAUUUCUGCGACAUCCACCCUUUGCUGCAACUGGCUUGCACAGAUACCUACGCUGUUGGCAUUAUAGUGGUGGCCAACAGUGGGAUGAUUGCUUUGAGCUGCUUUGUCAUCUUGGUUGUGUCAUACAUCGUCAUCUUGGUCUCCCUGAGAUCUCAGUCUUCGGAAGGGCGCCGCAAGGCUCUUUCUACCUGCGCUUCCCAUGUCACAGUAGUCAUUUUGUUUUUUGGGCCAUGCACCUUUACCUACAUACGUCCUUCCAGCAACUUCUCAGAAGACAAAACAGUGGCUGUGUUUUAUACUGUUAUUACCCCAAUGCUAAACCCAUUAAUCUACACGCUAAGAAAUGAGGAGAUGAAGAAUGCCAUGAGAAAAUUAUGGAGCAGGAAAGUGACAAAAAUAAGCCUGAUGAUAAAAAGAGAGCUUUAUCUGCUUUCCGAAACGCAGGCAUCGAAGGAGCCAUAUGGAUCUCCCUGGAGUUUCAAAGGAAGCGACGUUGGAGCAACAACAGAGAAGAGACGGGAGCUGUGCGUUUCUACCUAG